UGUCAAUUUUGAUUUUUUUUUUCACAUUAUUGAAAUAAUUUUUCUGUUUUAGACUCAGCUCUUCUCGCUCUCCCACGGUCCCCCCAACUUUGGUUUCGGUCUCUCCUCUCAUCGUUGACGAAUCGCAAACCUCACCGGCGUGGCAGGAAUUGAAAUAUUCCUAUUGCUGAAAACGGUGACCAGUCGGAGAUUAAAGCCUUAGAUCAACCAGAAGCUCACUGAAGAGCCCUACAGAUGCAAAAACAAGUUAGAGAAGACAAUUUGUUACUUUUUGUAUGUUAAUUUGUUCAAUUUCUUUUAAUAAUCAGCCUUUGCCAUUGAUUAUCGGUUUGAAAUCUACGUUUUCUAGGUUUAGAUGUUCUUCCUUAGCUUGAUUGAGCACACACUCCAAUUGUCGCCUCAUCUUCUGGACCUUCCUCUCAGUGAAGCCAUCAAAGGAGAGCUUGAAAGUCUCUUCUUAGACAAGGUCGGGAGAUUGAGCAUUAUCUUUGCGUUUUUUGUUAUUGUGAUUUCAAAGCAUUUAAGGGAUCGAGAAGAAUGUGUUGAUGAAGGUUAUUGCGAAUUUGGGGUUGUGUAUCUUUGUUAAUGAUAUCAGGUCUACAGCUUGUGGUUUUGUCUUCCUUGGGAAUAGUACUUCAACCUAUACGGUGGAGUUUAGAUUGGUUAUGUUUCGGUUGUUUGUCAAGGAGAUUAUCACUGCAAAACUUAACAAAUCCAAUGUCAAUGGCUUAAGAACUGAAGAAGUCCAAUUUCACAAGGCUGUGCAGCACAAAGAGCAUGCUGCUGACUGUGAAUGAGAGCUUUCCAGGGCUGGUCAUUCGGAUUCAUAGAGACGAUAAGGUGUAUGUAAAUGUUCAAAAUGAAGGUGAUUAUGGUGUCAUUAUUCAUUGGUAAUAACAGUUCUCUAGCUACCCUUUAUAGAUGAAGGAACUAACUAUUUAUUUAUACCAGUAAAACUGAAGAAUAAAUACUAAGAAAGAGGAAAUUGUUA